AUGAGUGACGACGCGGGAAAGAAGAUCCUGGACCUGCUCGCCAGUCCAUUUAGAGCAACGUUGCAAAACGACGCCAUCUGGUCCGCUCUAGGUACUUCGCUCGGCGUCACAUUCGGCAUCGCCAUCACAUUCUCCUUCCUCAGACCGUAUAACCAGUCCGUCUACGCCCCAAAGACCAAGCAUGCCGACGAGAAGCACGCCCCUCCGCCCAUCGGCAAGAAGGUAUGGUCGUGGAUUCCGCCGUUAUGGAACACGGGCGAAGCCGAGCUCGUCCACCACGUGGGCAUGGACGCCACCAUCUUCCUGCGAUUCGUCCGCAUGUGCAUCUUCAUCUUCUCCACCAUCUCCGUUUUCGCCCUCGCCAUCCUGAUUCCCGUCUACCUGAACAACGCGGACAAGAGUUCUCUCAAGGAUGCCAAGUGGGUCGAGGUCAUCACCCCUAUCGCAGUUUGGGGCGAGAAGGCGUACUGGGCCCAGGUCGCUGUGGCCUACUUGAUUACGUUCACCGUCAUGGGCUUUCUGUGGUGGAACUACCGCAAGGUCAUGUUGCUGCGCCGUCGUUAUUUCGAGUCCGAGGAGUACCAGAACAGCCUGCACGCGCGCACGCUGAUGAUGUAUGAUAUUCCCAAGGACCGAUGCUCCGACGAAGGCAUUGCAAGAAUCGUCGACGAGAUUGUGCCGAGCUCCUCUUUCGCCCGAACCGCCAUUGCCCGCAACGUCAAGGACCUUCCCGAUCUGAUUGAGCAGCACGACCAUACCGUGCGGAAGCUGGAGUCGGUCUUGGCUAAGUACCUCAAGAAGCCGGACCAGCUUCCCGCCGGGCGCCCGAUGUGCAAGCCCUCGAAGAAGGACCCCUCGUUUGCCACGUACCCCAAGGGACAAAAGGUCGACGCCAUUGAAUACCUGACGCAGCGCAUCAAGGAGCUCGAGACGGAGAUCAAGGAGGUCAGGGCCAGCGUCGACAAGCGCAGCACCAUGCCUUACGGCUUCGCCAGUUACUCGGACAUCGCAGAGGCCCACAACAUCGCCUACGCUACCCGCAAGAAGCAUCCCCAUGGCACCAAAAUCACCUUGGCCCCGAGACCGAACGACAUCAUCUGGGACAACCUUGUUCUUAGCGCUGCAAGUAGGCGUUGGAGACGCUUGGUCAACAAUUUGUGGAUCGCCCUGUUAACCUUCGUCUGGGUUGUUCCCAACGCCAUGAUCGCUCUGUUCCUCGUCGACCUGAACAAUCUCGGAAACGUGUGGCCAGCUUUUCAACAGUCGCUCAUCGAAAGCCCUAAGUGGUGGGCUCUCGUCCAGGGUAUUGCGUCCCCCGCGAUCACAUCGCUGGUGUUUCUGGUUCUCCCGAUGAUCUUCCGUCAAUUGUCGAUGAAGGCCGGAGACCAGACCAAGACCGGUCGCGAGAGACACGUCUUGGCCAAGCUCUAUGCCUUCUUCGUCUUCAACAACCUUAUCGUCUUCUCUCUUUUCAGCACCAUCUGGUCGGUGGUGUCGGCUAUCGUCCAAGAGACGGGAGAGAAAGAGGACGCCUGGAAGGCCAUUGUUGACCAGGAUAUCGCGGCUGCUCUCUUUGCGGCUCUUUGCAAGGUCGGCCCUUGGUGGAUUACCUUCCUUCUCCAACGCAACUUGGGUGCCGCCAUCGACCUCGCCCAGCUCUGGAAACUCAUCUACAGCUUUUUCGUCCGCAAGUUCGCGAGCCCGACCCCCAGAGAGUUGAUUGAGCUCACAGCUCCCCCGGCGUUCGAGUUCGCUUCUUACUACAACUACUUCCUCUACUACGCAACGAUUGCGCUUACCUUCUCCGGCAUCCAGCCUCUGGUUCUGCCGGCCGUCACCUUGUACUACGCCAUCGACUACUGGCUGAAGAAGUACCUGCUCCUCUACAUCUUCGUCACCAAGACCGAAUCUGGAGGCAUGUACUGGCGCGUCCUCUUCAACCGCUUCCUUUUUGCCGUAUUCUUGUCGCACUGCACCUUCUUCCUCGGCGCCUGGGCCAGAUCAGACUGGGCCAACCACAGCGUGGCGAUCGGCAUGAUCCCGCUGCCGUUCAUCCUGAUCAUCUUCAAGAUCGUAUGUGCCCGCAUGUUUGACGCCAAGAUCCACUACUACUCGACGACGAAUGUCCGCAAGCACCCCGAGGCCGGCAUGCAGAAGGAGACUCGCCUCCGAAGCGAGAGAUUGGCGUCCCGUUUUGGCCACCCUGCCCUGUACAAGCCGCUCAUUACGCCCAUGGUCCAUCAGAAGGCGCAAUCCAUCUUGCCCGCUGUCUACAAGGGUCGUCUGACGGACGGAAGAGAGGCUGGUGGUGCCGAUCUCAUGAGUGUCUCCGGAUACUCUGAUGCGUACGUUCUGGAUCCCAUGAGCAAGGGCAGGCUUGGAAAGUCAGCACCGUCCGGUGUGCCUGGUUUUGAGUUCGUCUCCGAGUCCCACAUGGACUUCGAGUACUACAAGAACAGAGCCGAGUUCGCGGAGGAGCAUGGCCAAGGCGAUCUCUUCGGCCGUAACAACGACAUCAUCCGCCCUGGAACACCCGGCUCGAUGACCGAAUACGGAUCCGACAACGGCUCUCGCCCGGGAACGCCAACUGGUCGACCUUUGCAAGGUGGCAUGACCGGUGCUCAAGUCAACAACGGUGGAUUCUCAGCAUUCACUCCCCCAUCGGGCUACAUGUCUCCCAACACUGGGCGCUCGUCCCCUACGGGAGGACUUCCCACACCGCAGGCAGCAUUUGCCCAACAACCGAUCAUGGGCGACAGAUCACGCAGUCCCUUGUACAACAUGGACAACGGCAGCGAUUCCGCGCUCGUGCGCAACGCGGCGGGGAUGCCGAUGGCUCCGCCCACACCGGGUCCCACGGUAGGUGCUCUCGGCGGCGGUCCUCGAGGGUAUAGCGGACUCCCCCAGGCCGACGCUGACCAACCUGAACCAGACCCAACUCAAUACGACUACUUUCGUGGAUCGAGGCGGCGCAACGACGGGUGGUAA